AUGAAUUGGUCAUCCUCUGCAGCUCUUUCAAAACUUUUCCCAUCGUCUCAUGGAUUCUGCACACGCCUCGCCUAUCGAGCGGGCGAAGCGCCAUCAAGACCCGCAAAUUUUGAUUAUACGUAUCAGCCGAACGAGGCUACAGACGCUUCCGUCAAACCCCUACCGCAGUCAGUUUUCAACGAGAUCUCAACGAGAUUAGAGGCGGAAGUGCAGAAGAGAGAAUGGACCAAUCGGCCAAGAACCUGGUUCAUUCUGAACCAAAUCAAACGCCUUGAUGCUAUGGAAGCGUUCAUCAAUCAAGGUCUCAAUGAUACCUCUCUACCAUACAAGGGUCGAAACUCACUGCCGGAAACUCUCAAUUUCUUUGAAGCCAAUGACUUCUUGAAAUGGCAAGAUUUAGUAAUCAGCGACGUACUGUCUUUGGAACAAGGCAAGCACGUUUGGAUUCCGAAUGGAGAUGUGCUUUUCGAAAGCAGCCGGCCGAGGUUAGGUGUUGGUAGCCAAGGUUCCUCAGUCGUGGACCAAGUGGUCAGCAAAGCGACCGGAAAAGUGUACGCUCGAAAACGCAUCAAUCGUGCGAAGCUUUUUGGUCACGACACACAAGCGCAGAAGACAUAUGAAAAUGAAAUCAAAGUUCUCUCCAAAGUUGCUGAGAAUGAUCAUCUCAUUAAAGUGAGGGGGACAUAUACCGACAAGAAGUAUCUAGUCAUGCUCUUGGAGCCUGUGGCCGAUGGAAACCUAAAACAGUACAUGAAUAAAGGACCGUUGACUUCCACGGUAGAGCAGAGCAGGUUCCGGACGUCAAAGUAUGACCCGGAGCAAUUUGGGGAUCACCGAACACCGCGAUAUCAGAGUCCGGAAGUUGCUACUUCAAGCGAAUUUCACCGCUCAUCAGACAUUUGGUCAUUGGGUGUCGUCUUCCUUGAGAUGGUUACCGUACUUCGAGGGAAAUGCAUCCUUGAAAUGGAUACCUUCCUACAAAACAACGGACAUCGGCACACCGAGAUUCAUCUAAAUCUGGAGGCUGCAAUGAGUUGGUUUGAACAACUCCAAGCAUAUGGAAGAGGCUCACUGAUCGACAACGAACCUUUGUCAUGGACCAAACGUAUGCUCAACCGAACACAGUCCAGCAGGCCCACUGCUGCAGCAGUAUACCAGGAAAUCGCCGCGUUCCAUGACGGUAUGUACUGCGGACGCUGUUGUUUGGAUGACGAGUCAAGUUCAAGUGCGGAUGAAGACUCUUAUACUGACGUCGACAUGCUCUCUGAUAUUAUGGAGCAUGAUGAACCCGCUUUCAGUCAUCCUUGGAUGGAAGGACAGGACACACCAGAAAGCCGGAACCUGCCAAUGGUCAGGGACACCUCAAGUUCUCAGGCUGCUCAAGGAGAUAGCUCAACAAUUCCUUCCAUUGGAAAUGACAAUGUUCAUCUCAUCACUGGCUCAGGAGUAGAUGUGGUAGCUCCACUACCUUCCGAGAAAAAGCUUCAUUCUCAAGGUAAACCUCGAUCUCAUUCCACUCGCCUGUUGCCUCGAAGAAAAGGAUCAGAAAGCCAAGACGUCACGGGGACUUCCAAUUCGACGUUGGGAGUGCCUAGCACCGCAAAGGUCACGGCAAAGACAGGAUCGAAACCUUUUUUUGAAAAAGAGACUUUCGUGAGAUGGCUGGCUUCGCUACCAGAUAAAUUUAAAGCUCCUUUGCCAGAGGAUCGUCGGGCAAAGCAUGCAAACCUAUCUAGUCGACCUAAAACACGCCAUCCAACCGUGGAAUCACAACGAAUUGGACAUUUUUUGUCGUCUCUGCCACCAGAACUUUCAGGGUACGAAAGUGCUUCUGAAGCACAUUCGGAGCGGAUUAUCGAGAGUUUAGAUCGCUCAAAACGAAGCCAAAAUUUCCCGACAAUUGACCAGCAAUACAUUAAGCGCUCAUACAGCCAAGAAGAGCUUCCCACUCCCUCCCGUCUUCUCGCGGAGGAGACUGACAACGACCAAUUCUCAGGUGUCAACAGGUCAAGACUCGUCCAUUAUGCUAGCGACGGAGCUUUGAACAUUGCUCUGGCAAUGUCUGAACAAACUUUGGGAGAAGCUACUAAGGAUUUGAAGGCAUUCGCUGCUACGACUUCAAUUCCGAAGUCCAAUGGCCCCGCAAAAACCACUCUAAAGAAACCCAAAAAGUGCCCGAAAACGGAUUCGAAAGGCUCCGUUGUUGACCUCAAGACCGUGCAUGACCUAGGUCCUGAGCACCUCAAUCGAAAAGCUGAAGCCCAAGAUCUAGUUGUCGUGUCAAUUGGGUCCAACUCUUCGAAACCGCCUGAGCCUCCACGUCUCGGGGCUUAUCUAAAAAGUGUUCCCAAGAAACGUAGACAACAUUGGGAAUCUGUGACAGUCAGGAUGGAGAGAAUACUUGACGACAAGAUCUCCGAAGCACCAACCUCGGUCAUGUCAGUCAACACUCGUGCCAAAAUCUCGCAAGGUCGACCUGUCCUGCGCUGGAACGAUAGAUACUACGGGUGGCUUCCUUCUCUCGUUGCAACCGGGAAGGUUGGUGCAGUCAAGGAGAUGUUGAGCGCUGGCUGUAAUCCCGGAACAGCAGAGAAGCCACGCUGGGCACCAAUAUACAACGCGAUUAGAGGAGCAACUGAUAGGCAUACUAAGUGUCUUCGAGCACUUGUUUCGUACGGCGUCAAUGUCAAUGCUGUCAGAACAACGAAUGGUAGAAGACCCCUCCACUACGCAAUCGAAAAAGUGCCGUGGUCAGGCUACUCCUCCGUAAUUUACAUCCUGCUUGUUGCAAAGGCAGACCCAAAUGCGAGGGAUAAUGCUAAUGACGUGCCUCUCCUCAUGCUACUUGCAGGCGAUGGCCCACUACCACAAGAAAAGCGUGAUGCGCUUUAUCUCUUGCUGGCGCCAAACUUCGCCACCAAUCUGAAUGUGUCUAUCCCUGGGACUUUAGACAAUCCAUUGCACUUAGCCAUACGCCGCAAAGAUGCCUAUACCGUGGAUGUGAUACUAGAGAAGAUGAAGCAGGUCCGUGGAGACGCUUUAAGCCUAAUGCACAAGCAUAACGGUAGUGGUUUCACGCCUCUCCUGUUGGCCUUCACCACCUUCACCUUGCUAGGAGAAGAAGCAGAUGAGGAGUUGCAGAUAGUCAGAUUGCUCUUAGAGCACGGCGCCAACCCCGACGAUCGGGAUGUUGCUCACGGUGAGACGCCACUACAUCUCAUUGUCGGUGCCAGCAAGAAUUCCAUCGCUCUUGAAGUGCUCUGCAAACAUUCUGCGAAUGCUACACUGCCCAACAAUGCCGGUCAGUCGGCGAUAGAUGUGGCUCGCAAGCUUCGAAUGGAGCAUCGAAAUGAUAAAUGGUAUUUAUUUGCGACGCGUCGGAUGGGCAACAACCUGAAGGACGAACACUAUCGGCCACCAGAACUCGUGGCUUUCCUGGACGAGGAGGCGGGCCUCGAUGCAAAAGACAAGGAUGACAACCAUAGGGUUGAUGGUAAAAAGGUCGAUGAUAGUUUCGGUCCAAAAGGAUCAUCACCGAAGAGGACAACAGGCAAGAAGGCAGAUGAAGUUCCGGCUCAAAAGGAGAGUGGUGCUAGAGAUCUGCCAAGUAUUCCCCUUCAGGGUAGAUAA